AUGCGCCUCUGCCAUCUUACUCAAGCUUUAGCCUUGAUACCCCUCGUUUCUGAGGGCUUCGUCUCGGCGCAACAAUACCCGAUAAAGGUUCUCCACGAGUUCUCCAAUCCAACUUGGCUUGACAGUAAUGCCGUCCGACACAAUGGAGAGGUACUUGUCACGUCUGCAACAACAAGCGCAAUCCGUCUUGUGAAUCCGGAAAGCCCUGAAGAAGCCAUUACUGUCGCUAGUAUUCCUGGCGGCAACGGUGCCAACGGUAUCACCGAGAUGGGGAGGGACAUCUUUUAUGUCAAUGGAGGAAAUUAUACUGUCGCCACCGGCCCAAUCUUGGGGAGUUACGGGGUCUGGAAAAUUGAUCUGCGUAAAGCAGACCCGGUUAUCUCACUUGUCACAGCGCUACCAGACGUGCGGCUCGCUAAUGGCAUCGCUCGCCUUCACCCAACUGACGAAACUUAUCUCCUGAUCUCGGAUCCCAUCGCCGCAGAAAUCAUCCGAGUAAACGUUGUUACCGGUGAAUAUGUUCGAGUCAUCAACGAUACUGCCCUACGUGCUAUCGCCCCUAACCCCAACGGCGUCAGCGUUUUGCGUACUUACGAAUCCUACGUUUACUACAACAAUCAGGGUUCAAACUUAAGCAGAAUUCCAAUUUCAAACACGACUGGAUUCGCAACUGGACCUUCGGAGAUUAUCGCGACGUUAGAUGCUCAUUCCUUUGCCAUUUCAAGAGACGGGAAAAAAGCUUGGAUGUCUUCCAAUUUCAUCAACGCCUUGCAAGAGAUCGAUAUUGAGAAGCGCACAGCAAGAAUCGUGGUGCAGAACCAGACAGAUUUUAUUACCCCAACAGGCGUUGCUCUGGGAAAAAGUAAUGGAAAAAAUGUUCUGUAUGUCACAACGAGUGGAGGCAUGGAUUGGGCGACUAUGACGGCUGUUACUGGUGCAAGGCUGAUGCAAGUUAACAUCGGAGCAUAG